GAUGGCGGACAGCAGCGGCAGUAAUCCCCAAUCACCCGGUUUCACGGAGAAAUUAAAAUCGUGGCUGUGCUGGUCGUGGACGUACAUCUGCGCGCUGUGGUUCGCCAUGGUGUUGACGAUGGUUUACGUGUUGAGGAGCCCGCUGAAGCUGCAGGAGACCGUCAACGCGGCUUCUGUGUUUUUAAACACUCUGACACCUAAAUUCUAUGUUGCGCUCACUGGAACCUCCUCGCUCAUCUCGGGCCUAAUUUUGAUAUUUGAGUGGUGGUACUUCAGAAAGUACGGCACGUCGUUCAUCGAGCAGGUUUCAGUCAGUCACCUGCGUCCUCUGCUGGGCGGAGUGGAGAACAGCGGCUCUGCGGGACUAUUCUCAUCGGUCAACGGAGACACCGAACCAAGGAGCAAUGUAGCAGAAUGUAAAGUGUGGAGGAAUCCACUCAAUUUAUUCAGAGGAGCAGAGUACAGCAGGUACACUUGGGUGACUGGUAAAGAGCCCCUGACUUACUAUGACAUGAAUUUAUCAGCACAAGAUCAUCAGACCUUCUUCUUGGGAGACACUCAGCAGCUCAGACCAGAGGACUCUGUGAUGCAGAAGGCAUGGAGGGAGAGGAACCCACAGGCACGCAUCCGAGCAGCUUAUCAGGCAAUCGAGCUGAACCGCGAAUGUGCUGCAGCUUAUGUGCUUCUGGCUGAGGAGGAAGCCACAACCAUCACAGAAGCGGAGCGACUCUUUAAACAAGCUCUCAAAAGUGCUGGUAAAGACACCAAUCUUGUGGUUUACAUCAAGCGCAGACUGGCCAUGUGUGCUAGAAAACUGGGCCGCAUCAAAGAAGCUGUAAAGAUGAUGAGAGAUUUAAUGAAAGAAUUCCCUUUACUGGGAAUGUUAAAUAUUCACGAAAACCUUCUAGAAGCAUUAUUAGAGCUUCAGGCCUACGCUGAUGUACAAGCAGUCCUUGCAAAGUAUGACGACAUCAGCUUGCCAAAAUCAGCUACUAUAUGCUACACAUCUGCCUUACUAAAAGCCAGAGCGGUGUCAGAUAAGUUUUCACCCGAGGCAGCAUCUAGACGAGGUCUCAGCACAGCAGAGAUGAAUGCAGUCGAAGCCAUUCACAGAGCGGUGGAGUUCAACCCACACGUACCAAAGUAUUUAUUAGAGAUGAAGAGUCUGAUUUUGCCACCCGAGCAUAUUUUGAAGAGGGGAGACAGUGAGGCCGUGGCGUACGCCUUCUUUCACCUGCAGCACUGGAAGCGGGCAGAGGGGGCGCUCAACCUGCUGCACUGCACCUGGGAGGGCACUUUCCGGAUUAUUCCCUACCCGCUGGAAAAGGGUCACCUCUUUUAUCCUUACCCAGGAUGCACAGAGACCGCAGACAGAGAACUUCUACCUUCAUUUCACGAGGUGUCAGUGUACCCGAAGAAGGAGCUUCCGUUCUUCAUCCUCUUCACAGCGGGCCUGUGCUCCUUCUGUGCCAUGUUGGCCAUGCUCACACACCAGUUUCCAGAGCUCAUGGGCGUCUUCGUCAAAGCCUUCUUCAGCACCCUGUUUGCACCACUGGGCUUUUUUGCAGACAAGAUGGAGAGUUUUAUGCCCUCCUGCCUGUGGCAUCAACUAACAAAUGUCUGACCCUCACACACACACAGACACACACAUACUUGCACUGGAAAACACUACUGUACAUGUAACGUGUAAGGUGAACUGACAAUAAAACUGUUUGGCUCUUUU